CAAACUUGCAGCUGGAUAGCCUAAAGAGUUUCACCGUGAGCAUAACUGGCGGUCCUUCCUCUUACUACGUCAGUCUGGUUGCACGUGUUCCAGAUGGCGGUUUGCAGCAUUUUCAAGUUCUAGUUCGUGAAAGGGGUCUUGGCUUUCUGGACUUGGGGUGCCCUAUCGCUAGACCUCUAGUGACCGAGCCUUUCCUACGUCCUCAUAGCGAUCCACCUCCACCACCUGAUGGUUUGUUUUUCAGUGAUGAAUUGCCUGAUUGGCCAUCGGAGAUUGCUUUCAAUGAUAGAAAACGGUUUCACCUGGUGAAAGAAUCUGAGUUGAGAGACAAUGACUGGGUUCGUCUCUAUUUGGAACUUGCACUUGUUUUUCACGACAGGACUCUUACAGAGCGCUAUCUCUCCCUGUUGGAGAAAAAGCUCUGGACAACAAGCAGCGUUCUAAAAGGCUUAAGCGUCGUUUAGGUGUUCUUAGACUUUGGAGAUUAUCUAAUCCUAGGUGCCACCAGGUAUACAAGACCCGUCCCACAUUAUCCGCUGCUUAACUAAGUUAUUUAAUUUGUGCUUUUGGACUUUUAAGUGUAAUUUAUAAGUGUGUGCGACUGUCACAAACAAUUAAGUUAACGUAAUAGGGGAAUGUUCUUGGUUUUACACGUUUUUGUUGUCCUUUUGUAUUUUCCCAUUCUAUGGUACUAAAAAACUGUUGUGUAGUUUAAUCUUGUUUGGACAAAAUCUACGGUCAAAUUAACUACAACGAUUUCGGUUCGGUUAGUGUCCGGUUAACAAUGGUUUGAUGAAAAAACGAACGGGGCUACCAAACAUCAAACAUGUGAUCAUUAAAGAUUUAAAAUUGAGAAGGCCCAACUAAAGCCGAUAAUGAAUCCUUCGCCUAGCAAACCUCCUAAAUCGACCAAAAGCCUCCGCCGCUAAAUUUCGUACUUGACGACGAGCAGAAAGAUGAUUCGUCGGUUGGCCUAUACACAAGACAUAAUUCCUCUGCACAGCAGUGAAUCUGAUGGUUUCGAUUUUCCCAACGGUAACACUAACACUCACUUCGAAUGUGGAGGCAAGUAUCCUAGUUAUCCUUUUCGUUCUUUGGUCAAGCUUUAUGCUAGGUUGGGGCUUCAUCGCUACAAUUUGUUAGAGCUUAGCCUACAGAGUUUCAACAUGAGGGUGACUGGCGGUCCUUCCUCUUACUACCUUAGUCUGGUUGCACGUGUUCCAGAUAGCCGUUUGCAGCAAGCCUUUCAAGUUCUUGUUCAGGAAAGGAGUUUUGGCUUUCUAGACUUGGGGUGCCCUAUCGCUAGACCUCUAGUGACCACCAAGGAGCCUCAUAGCGAUCCAACACCACCACCCGAUGUGAUCACAUCUGUCAGAGUUGCAAGACAAUGAUUGGAUUCGUCUAUACUUGGAACUUGCACUUGUUUUUCUUGAUAGGAGUCUCACAGAUGACCAUCACACCCACCAUCUCUCCCAGCUGGAGAUUGUGCAAGUGGCGAUUGAAACUACUCAAGAUGUGGGGCCGCGUAACUCCAAAAAGACUACAGUUGUCUACAUCACCUAUAAUGACUUGGCUAAGGCUCAGGCUGGUGAACCGGUACAGGGCAGAGCUAUUGUUAGAAGAAUCAUCAAUGAGACUACAGGAAACUUUCGUCUGCGGGGUGUAUAUUGGAUUAAAGACGACACUAAGAAGGAUUCUGUGCACCUCUGACAGCGUUCUAAAAGGCUUAAGCUUCGUUUAGGUGUUCAUAGACUUUGGCGACUAUCUAAUCCUAGGUGCCACCAGCUGCGUAAUGUCUAGUAUUAUAUUGAGCUCAGCUGCAUUAAGCUCUUGAUCAGCAUGCUUAACUAUUGUUAUUAAUGGUCUUCUAAGUUAUUUAAUUUGUGCGUUUGGACUUUCUAGUGGAUCUGUAAUAUUGUGCGUAUUGUACGACCAAGCUCUACACUUAUCUCUUAUUUUGUGGGAUUCUUUGCA